ACUUCUUCUUCUUUUUCUUUUAUUAGCAUGCAACCUACUUUUUUUGACUGUUGACCAACGAACUGCCAAUGUUAACUCACUUGUCAUUUGUCAUUUAUAAUUUAAUUUAAUAUCUAAGCAUAUCAAAUCAAAGAUUGAUUUGUUUUUAAUUUAAUAAUUUAAUCAGAUUAUAAUAUUUUACAUGAUCUUUACACAUUGAAGCCAUUAUUUAAAUAAUACGUUUAAAUUUGAAAUGGAGUUAGGUAAAGAUUCUAUAAAAAGAAACCAAAACGUUUUAAUAUUUGACAAAGAUGGUGAUUCUCUAGAGAAAUCUGUUAACAUACAAAUUAAAUCAGAACUGGAAGAAUGCAAGUCUGAAAGUAAUUACACAGAGGAUUCUUUAUCAGACCCGUAUUUUUCGGACGAUAUUAAAAUAGAAGAACACACCUUACAAUGUGAAAUAAGUAGUUCAUUCCACAUCAUUAGCAAGCAAGAAGUUAAGACAGAAAUCAAAAGAGAACUGGAUGAAGAUAAUUUAGAAGUAAAUCAUGGCUGUGAAUCUCGAUUUAAAAGUAUGAAUGUGAAAGAAUUAGACUCUGACAAAGAUGUAAAAUUACAGAUAGGAGCUUCAACUGAGAUGCAUCAUGAAGAACAUUGUAGAAGUACGGAAACAUCAAAAUUAUUGUCCAUCAUUGGCAAACAAAGUUUAUGUCAGAACGAGGUUAAAACGAAAUCAGGAAGAACGUUGGUAACUCACACUGCAAAAAAGCGUUAUAAGUGCGAAAUUUGUUCUAAGCAAUUUAGUCGAGAUAGAAAUUUAAAAAAUCAUUUAAGGAUACACACUGGAAAAACGCCUUAUAAAUGUGAAAUUUGUUUUAAACAAUGUAGCCAAAUUGGACAUUUAAAAAGUCAUUUAAGGAUACACACUGGAGAAAAGCCGUACAAGUGUGAAAUUUGUUUUAAGCAAUUUGGCCGAGAUGAUACUUUGAAUCGUCAUUUGAGAAUACACACUGGGGAAAUGCCUUAUAAGUGUGACAUUUGCUCUAUCUCAUUUAGUCGAAAUGAGCUUUUGAAAAGUCAUUUAAGAAUACACACUGGAGAAAAACCUUACGAGUGUGAAAUUUGUUUUAAGCAAUUUAUUGAAGCAGGUAAAUUGAAAAGACAUUUGAGAGUGCACACUCGGGAAAUGCCUUAUAAGUGUGACAUUUGUUCUAUCUCAUUUAGUCGAAAUGAGCUUUUGAAAAGUCAUUUAAGAAUACACACUGGAGAAAAACCUUACGAGUGUGAAAUUUGUUUUAAGCAAUUUAUUGAAGCAGGUAAAUUGAAAAGACAUUUGAGAGUGCACACUCGGGAAAUGCCUUAUAAGUGUGAUAUUUGUUCUAAGCAAUUUAGCGAAGCGGGAAAUAUGAAAAGUCAUUUAAGAAUACACACUGGGGAAAAACCUUACAAGUGUGAAAUUUGUUGUAAGCAAUUUAAGCAAGCAAGCACUUUGAGAAAUCAUUUAAAAGUGCACACUCGGCAAAUGCCUUAUAAGUGUGAUAUUUGUUCUAAGCAAUUUAGCGAAGCGAGUAAUAUGAAAAGACAUUUGAGAAUACACACUGGAGAACAGCCUUAUAAGUGUGAAAUUUGUUCUAAGCAAUUUAGUGAAACAGGUAGUUUGAAAACACAUUUGAGGGUGCACACUGGGGAAAAACCUUAUAAGUGCGAAGUUUGUUCUAAGCAAUUUAGUGACACGGGACAUUUGAAACAACAUUUGAGAAUACACACUGGGGAAAUGCCUUAUAAAUGUGAAAUUUGUUUUAAACAGUUCAUUAGAAAUGAACAUUUAAAAAGUCAUUUAAGAAUACACACUGGAGAGAAGCCAUACAAUUGCGAAAUUUGUUUUAAGCAGUUUUCUCAAACAAAUAGUUUGAAAAGACAUUUGAGAAUACACACUGGGGAAAAACCUUAUAAGUGUGAAAUUUGUUCUAUCUCAUUUAGUCUAGGUGAGCGUUUGAAAAGACAUUUAAGGAUACACACUGGCGAAAAGCUUUAAAGGUGUGAAAUUUGUUCUAAGCAAUUUAGUCAGGCAUGUCAUUUGAGAAUACACACUGGGAAAAAACCUUAUAAGUGUGAAAUUUCUUCUAAGCAAUUUAGUGAAGCAGGAUCUUUGAAAAGUCAUUUCAGAAUACACACUGGGGAAAAACCUUAUAAGUGUGAAAUUUGUUCUUAGCAAUUUAGUGGAACGGGACAUUUGAAACAUUUGAAAAUACACACUGGGUAAAUGCCUUAUAAAUGUGAAAUUUGUUCUAAGCACUUCACUAGAAAUGGAUAUUUAAAAAGUCAUUUAAGGCCAUCGGUACAUAAUUCGCAAAUAUUUUACGGCUAUCCCUACUUUUUCUGUCUUUACACGGCAAAUUACGUGUAGUAAAAUCAGUAAAAUUCAAACUGGUAUGAAUAUGUAAACAUUACUAUGGUUUGUUUUUAAACCAAGAGGAGUGAUUCAAAUUUACCGCGUUUUAAUGCUUGUUUGUUAUUGGUCCAACCCAGUAGCGUACUGAUAGAUCCGCGGGCCCUGUUGGGAUGCGGGCCCCCCGCCCAAUGAAAACACCCGUUGUAUAUCAAAAGUUUUUAAAGUUAUACUUUUUUACGUUCGAGGGUGAAAUUUUAUAAUUCCCUGGCGCAUGCGCAGAGAGACAAUAUGUAGUUCGUUGCUAAUCUUUCAAAUUAUGUAUGUAUCAGCGCAAAUAAGUCAUUAAAAUAAUAUAUUAGUAUUUUUAGUAAAUGUAUUAUUAAUUAUAAUUUUUGUGUCUUUGGAUUUGUCUUCCUCGGGAAUAAAAUAUUUUAUAAUAA